AUGACAGAUUUGCUUCUACUAGAAGAGUAUGCAAAGGUGAGACGGGAGCGGGAUCUUCUCAUGGAGAGCGAUGAGUGGCUCAUCAGUCGCUUUCGGCUUCCAAGGCAUGUCCUAAUGGAUUUAUGCCACAAUCUAGACGCCUAUUUAAGGAGGAACACUAGGCGGUCAAACCCCUCGCCAGUGCAGGUGCUCACCACCAAAGGGGUUUUGGCUACCGGGACCUUUCAGAGGGAGAUUGGAGACAGAGCUGGGGUCUCCCAGCCGACAAUGAGCAGGGUGAUGCCAGACAUGUUGGCCGCCAUCAAGUCCCUCUCCAGGAACUACAUCCAGUUCCCCUGA